AUGCCGUCCUUCCAGGGAUGUGCUUGUGGGGAAUGUGGGAAGGGCUUCAGUUACAGGUCCACCCUUGUGACCCACCAACGCAUCCACACUGGGGAGAGGCCCUACGAGUGUCCCCAGUGCCAGAAGAGCUUUCGGACCAGCUCCGAUCUCCUCAGGCACCAGCUCAUUCACACUGGGGAGAGGCCUUUCUGCUGCCCUGAGUGUGGGAAGGGCUUCAAGCGCAAGUCCCACCUCAUCAUCCACCAGCACAUCCACACUGGGGAGAGGCCCUACGAGUGCCCAACAUGUGGGAAGAGGUUUCAGACCAGCUCAAAUCUCUGUCUCCAUGAGCAGAUUCACACAGAGGGGAGGCCCUUCCGCUGCCCUGACUGUGGGAAGGGAUUCAAGCAUAAGUUCACCCUCAUCAGGCACCAGCGCAUCCACACAGGGAAGAGGCCCUUCGAGUGUCCCCAGUGUGGCCAGAGAUGGAGCCAGAGCUCGGAGCUGGUGCUCCAUGAGCAGCUCCAUGAUGGGGAGAAGCCUCACACAUGUGGAGAGUGUGGGAAGAGCUUCAGGCGGAGCUCCCACCUGAUCAGGCACCAGAGGAUCCACACUGGGGAGAAGCCCUAUGAGUGUGGGGAGUGUGGGAAGAGCUUCAGGGAGAGCUCCAGCCUGAUGGAGCACCAGAGGAUCCACACUGGAGAACGGCCCUUCGAGUGUGGGGAGUGUGGGAAGAGCUUCAGCCUGAGCUCCAACCUAAUCAAGCACCAGAGAACCCACACUGGAGAGAGGCCCUACGAGUGUGGGGAGUGUGGGAAGCGCUUCAGGUGGAGGGGCAACCUGAUCAAGCACCAGAGGAUCCACACUGGGGAGAGGCCCUUCGAGUGUGGGGAGUGUGGGAAGAGCUUCUCACAGAGCUCCCACCUGUCCUCACACCAGAGGACCCACACUGGGGAGAGGCCCUAUGAGUGUUCCAAGUGUGGGAAGGGGUUUCAGAUCAGCUCCCGUCUCAUCAGGCACUAUCAGAGUCACACAGAGGAGAGGCCCUUCCAAUGCCCUGAGUGCGGGAAGGGAUUCAGGCAGAACUUCCACCUCGUCAGGCACCGGCGCAUCCACACUGGGGAGAGGCCCUACGAGUGUCCCCAGUGUGCGAAGAGCUUCUCCAGCAGCUCUCACUUGACCCGACACCAACGGAGUCAUGAUGGGGAGAAUCCCCACAAGUGCUCAGAGUGUGGGAAGAGCUUCAAGCAGAGCAGCACCCUGAUCAGCCACCAGAUGAUCCACACCAGGGAAUGGGCCUACGAGUGUGGGGAAUGUGGGAAGGGCUUCAGUUACAGGUCCACCCUUGUGACCCACCAACGCAUCCACACCGGGGAGAGGCCCUACGAGUGUCCCCAGUGCCAGAAGAGCUUUCGGAACAGCUCCGAUCUCCUCAGGCACCAGCUCAUUCACACUGGGGAGAGGCCUUUCUGCUGCCCUGAGUGUGGGAAGGGCUUCAAGCGCAAGUCCCAUCUCAUCAUCCACCAGCGCAUCCACACUGGGGAGAGGCCCUACGAGUGCCCCACGUGUGGGAAGAGGUUUCAGACCAGCUCAAAUCUCCGUCUCCAUGAGCAGAUUCACACAGAGGGGAGGCCCUUCUGCUGCCCUGACUGUGGGAAGGGAUUCAAGCAUAAGAUCACCCUCAUCAGGCACCAGCGCAUCCACACAGGGAAGAGGCCCUUCGAGUGUCCCCAGUGUGGGAAGAGU